AUGCCGCUUACGAGCCGGACCAGGUCGGCCAGCCUGACCUUGCAACCGGGUCACGGCGACCGACCUGACCCGGCGUCGGGUCACGGAGGCAAACUUGACUUCGAUGGAGCUAAGCCUGCGGGUACAACGGAGGCCAAACUGCGCGACGCGGAGGGUGCCGACAGCCUCAUCGUCACUUCAUUCGGGAAGUUCGAACGGCGGGAGCGCUGGACCAUCCUGAAGAACGUCCUGGCCAUCUCGUUCGCAUUCAGCUGUCUCUUCACUGCCUUCACCGGCAUGGGCAACCUCCAGAGCUCUAUCAAUUCAGAAGGAGGUGUGGGAAACGCCGGUAUGGCCACCAUCUACGUAGCGCUCAUCGUUUCCUGCUUGUUCCUGCCGUCGCUGGUGAUCAAUCGGCUGACAUGCAAGUGGGCCAUUGUAGUGUGCACCUUCCUCUACUCGCUGUACCUGUUGGCACAGUUCUAUCCGAGGCUCUACACCAUCAUCCCCGGCGCCAUCAUUCUGGGCAUCAGCGCCGCUCCCAUGUGGUCGGCCAAGUGCACCUACCUCACCCAGGUCAGUGGCCCUUGGGCUUUGCUGAUAAGACACGGGGAUUGGAGCAGCGCGCGUCCGAGCCGGUGGAUCGUCAAGUUCUUCGGAGUCUUCUUUUUGUUCUUUCAGACAGGCCAGAUAUGGGGCAACCUGAUAUCUUUUCUUGUGCUGACCCCGGAGGAGCAGGCCACAGUCAGCCCGUCAGACGAGGGUCUCGCCAUCUGCGGCAUAGCCUACUGUCCCGGCAGCGAGGAGGCCUUCAACAACACCAACCUGCAGCGGCCGCCGAAGCACCAGAUUAACACGCUGGUGGGCGUGUACCUGGCGCUCGGCGUCGCCGCCAGUGUCCUGCUCGCCGUUCUAGUAGACAGCCUCGGAAAGUAUGGGGAGAACGACAGGGACACCAGUGCCAGCGGCACCCGGCCGUUGACGUUGCUGCUGGCCACCAUGAUGCACAUGAAGAAGCCCUACCAGCUGCUCAUCAUCCCGCUGACGAUGUGGUCGGGAUUCGAGCAAGCCUUCCUCAUGGCAGACUUCACCAAGGCGUUCGUGUCGUGCGCCUGGGGCAUUCACCGCGUCGGGCUGGUGCUGAUCGUCUACGGCAUCACCGACUCCAUCUGCUCCUUCAGCUUCGGCUUCAUCAUCAAGCGUGUGGGCCGCGUGCCGCUGUUCGUGGUGGCGGCUGCCCUCAACUACGCCGCCAUCGCCACGUUCAUCCACUGGGCACCGGGGCCCGACGAGACGCACGUCUUCUUCCUGCUGGCCGCCGGCUGGGGCAUGGCGGACGCCGUCUGGCAGACGCAGAUCAACGCCCUGUAUGGCGUCAUCUUCCCCGACACAGCCGAGGCCGCCUUCAGCAACUACCGGCUCUGGGAGUCGCUCGGCUACGCCGCCGCCUUUAUCUACAGCGACCUGCUGUGCGUGACGCGGAAGGUGGACCUGCUGAUCACGGUCCUGACGAUCGGCAUGCUCGGCUACUUCGCCAUCGAGUUGAUGGAGCGGCGCAAGGCCAAGGGCGAUAUGAAGGUCACGAAGGAGUAGCAGGCGCAGGGGAGCCGCUUCGGCAUGGCGAGAUCUACGCCAGCUAUGAGGCGCUCGGAAUCGCCCGUAUCGGCGAAAAGGAAUGGGGUGCAGUCUACAGCCCGCCGUCGAGAGGACCCGCAGUGCACCCGUGGACGUGUUGCGGCCAAAAGCGGGGUCAGCACUGCUUCCUCUGAGUGACAUGGCGUAAUGGACAAUGCGCGUGUAGGAGUGUGGGCCUUCGAGUUCGAGGUGCGUGGCCAAAGUCUGACACGAGUGUCAUCAGUCC